UAAAAGUGAGAACAUCAGCUUUGAAGGAGCCAGUGGCAAGGAUUUAGCUGAACGAAUUACUUCACUAUUAACAAGGGCUGAUGAUGAACGAGUGAAGACAAGUCCUGUCGAAGCCGAUCCGGUGAAAUCGAUUGAAAACAACGAAGGCUGUGAAACCGAGCAUAGCGAAGUCAUUGAUGUAAAUGAGUCUAGGAAGUCGAUUGAAAUCAACGAAGCCGAACCGGCCAAAUCGAUUCAAGUAAACGAAGGCUGCGAAACCGAGCAUAGCGAAGUCAUUGGUGUAAAUGAGUCAAGGGAGUCAAAUGGAGCAAGUAAUUGUAAUCAUGCGGAGUGUCAAUGCCCAGAAAUUGUUGCUGAACUUAAAGGUAUGAAGCAUGAAAUCGCUAUUCUACAGUCUCUUAUCCAAUCAAUUGCUAUUAGCAAUUAAAUACCUGACAAUGGUAGUGUGAUUUCCAGGCUAGAAGCUGAGCACCAAUCUGUUAUUGAUGAUAUGAAACUUAAAGCAGCUAUGCAAGUUGCUGACAUAAAAAGCGAAAUUGGUAAGCUUAGUGCUGAGCAUCAAUCUGUAAUUAAAGAUCAAAAUCUUAAGUAUGCAAUUCUGGAACAGAGAUGGUUAAAAGCAGAAGAGGAGAAAGACUCUUUGCGUUCGGUCCUUAAAUUGUUGUUCAGGAGAAAGACAGGGUAA